UUCACCAAGCACAGAAACUGCGUAGUGUGAAGAUGGAGCAGAGAAAACUCAAUGAUCAGGCCAACACCUUGGUGGACCUGGCAAAGACCCAGAAUGUGAUGUACGACUUGGUGUCGGAGCUGCAGGAGCGCAGCGAGGAGCUGGACAAACGCAUCGGCACCCUGGAGGACAAGCUGGACUCUGUGACGGGCAGCCUGCAGGCGCUGCCCUGCCUCAUCUCCCAAGCCAUAACCCAGCAGCAGCAGGAUUUCCUGGACGGUUUCGUUCAUCGCUUUCAACCCACCUCGCUAGCUUCAGAGCGCUCCGAACGCUCCUGGACUUCCACUGCCCGCAGGCGGCGCUCCCCUUCGACAGCACCACACACCUCCUCGGACAGCGGAUAGCCGCCACAAAAAUGGUGACCUUCAAGCCCAAGAAAGGGACUCGUCAGGUUGCUUCAUCCAAGUCCAAACAGGAACCCACCCGAGAGGCCGCAUCUGGACUAAUAAUGAACCCGUAGGUUGACCUCUAACCCGCUGCCCUCACAUCAAAUCCAAAACCCAACUCCUGUGU